AACCAUAAAACAAUUCCUCAAAGACACAAAAGUCAUACAUCGGAGAGACUUGUUCAGGUUGUCUAUGGAGUCCUCCUCAUCUUCUUAUUCAAAAUAUUCACUUUCUCCUUGGGAUUACCUCUUGCUAUUCCUUCUCCGCCCGGUCCUCGCAAUCGUAUUUGUGCUCUCCCUGAUUUCUAUCGGUUGGUGGUUGGCGUGGAAGCUAGUUCUGGUUCACGUUCCUCUGGUGCAAGAGAUAUUCGGCUUGCGAAAGAAACCCUUCAAGCCGAAACCCCCGACACGUAGGCUAUCUAAGAUUUACAGUAGCAUGAAUGCCCAGAAUUCUUCUUCUCGAUGAUUUUUAGUACAUGGCACACUUGAAGAUCUGUUUGUGGAGUAUGGAAAAAUAAUAUGGGCAUCAAUGAUAAUUGCAGAAAAGAAAAACAUCUCUGGAUGGAAGGGGAGCAAACUUCUGAGUCUUUGCAUGUCCUGAUGGGCAAGUGGACGAAACGAAACCAUUGACGCUCUAAUCCAAUGAACAUAUCUUGACUUUAGAGCAUCGGAUUCGGUUGAUUGUAAUAUAUAGUUGUACACAAAAUUUGUAAUCUCUUGUAAGCAAACUGUGAUGGAAAACAAUCACAAUUAUUUACGAAAUUAAUUUAGUUAGUGGAA